AUGGGAGUAAUGGCUGCCCGCCCCACCGCCUUCCCGUCCGCAGUCCAAUUAGCUUCCGCGUACCACCGUCGCGCGCAGCUAAGCACUAGCAGGGGGAUAAGCAUAGGCGGCAGGACAAGGAUCAGCACAGGGGUAACCAGUGGCUGUAGAUCAAUCAGAGACGGACGAAUAGGCAGAGUAAGCACUGAUAGGAGAAUCGGCAAUGGCGGAAGGGGCGACACGAGGAGGCGGACUAGAGAGUCACGGACGGUAGCUGCUGCAGCAGCAGGGGAGGCUGCAGGGGAAGACGCUGCAGGGGGGAAAGAGGCGGGGGAGCGGAGAAUGGGAGGAGGGGAUGCGGCGAGUGGGGACAGCAGCGGCCAUGGCGGUGCAAUGGAGUUCCCGGUGUUCUGUGUGCAGUGGGCUGUGCUGCCAGGCGCCUCUGACUCCCUCCACAUCUUCAUGCCCCACUACGUCCUCAUAAUGCGCCCCUCCCACCCACCAUUCCACCCACCGUUCUACCCACCAUCUCACACACCGCCCCAUCCACCUAACCCUCCAUCCACCCUUCUUAGACCACACGAGUCCUUCUUUCUCCUCCUCCAACAACCCCACUCCACCAUCUCCCCUCUUCCCACGUCCCUCACCCGCAGUGUUUGA